UGGUCCUCUAGAUUGAGGCGGUGCGGCGUCCAACCGACCCUCCCGUACUCAAAACUCUUCUCCUCGCCUUCCUACGGCAAAAUCCCUCCACUCCAAUUACGGCGAAACAGAAAAAUUGAACUCUUGCCGAAAAAUAAAAUUGAAGUCGAAGCGAUAAAGAAGGAAACAUAGUUGAUCUCGUUAGGGUUAUAAAUCGACGAACAAUUCUUCCUUGAUCCCCAAGGAAACCCGAUCUCCGAUGAUACGAUCGUCCUAAAAUCAGCAAUCUCCCCUCGAUUAUUUCUUCCAGUUUUGGUAUUCGAUCGAAACUUCUGUUUUAUAGAGAUUUUGAUCGCUUUGUCUGGGAGAUUUUUUCCUUUUCUUCUAUCAUUGGAAGGGUCUAUGGAUCGGGGACGGAAGCGGGCGGAGGCCAGCGACAAGCUGCCGGCCGACAAGCGGGCGUGCAGUUUAUCGGAGUUCUGGUCGGGUUCCUCCUCUCUCCCGCCGACGCCGGAGCCGGCGGCGGCGGCGGCCGUGGCCUCGUCCUCCUCCGAGCCGGUGGACUGCGACAUGGAGUCCUCCUCCUCCGGGAGGUCCGACAGGGCUGGGGACUCGGAGUACGGCUCCUGCGACUCCGACGACGAGCGCGGCUACGGCCGCUGGGUGUUCGACGACCCUUCACUGUGCGGGGCAAGCAAGGGGAAGUUCCAAAAGAUCUUUGCGAGCCUCGAGGACGAUGCUGGGCCGGGUGUGCAGCUUGCCGCGCUCGCCGAGCUCUGCGAGGUCCUGUCCUUCUGCAUGGAGGAUUCCCUUGGUUAUUUCCCAAUGGAGACGUCGGUCCCGGUGCUCGUGAGGCUGGCGGGCCCCGAGACCAGCCCCGAUGUCAUGCUCCUUGCUGUCCGGGCGCUCACGUACAUCUGCGAUGGGAUGCCGAGGAUGGCUGAUGCCCUCGUUAGGCAUGGAGCGCUUCCUGUCCUCUGCGGAAAGUUAUUGGCGAUCGAGUACUUGGAUGUGGCCGAGCAGUCUUUGGAAGCAUUGGAGAAGAUAUCUCGAUCAGAACCUGUUCAUUGUUUGCAAGCAGGGACAAUUAUGGCGGCACUGGGUUUCAUUGAUUUCUUCUCAACAAGCAUGCAGAGAGUUGCACUCUCCACUGUAGCAAACGUCUGCAAGAAACUUCCUUUAGAUUGUUCUUCUCUUGUCAUGGAGUCCGUUCCUAUUUUGUGCAAACUCCUUCAAUAUGAGGACAGAAAGCUCGUGGAAACUGUUGCUACCUGCUUGAUAAGGAUAACUGAAUGUUUCACCCAUUCUCCAGAGUUGCUGGAUGUACUGUGCAAGCAUGAGGUGGUUCAUAAGACUUUACAUUUGAUAGCUAUCGAUGGUCGGAUAUCACUGAGCCAAGCAACUUAUACUGGCUUGAUCAGUCUUCUCACCAAGCUAGCCACUAGUUCCCUUGUAGCAGUGAGGACCCUCUUUGAACUGAAUAUAAGCAGCAUAUUGAGGAAUAUUCUAAUGGCUUCUGACCUUUCACAUGGCACUCCUUGCUCACCUUUUGAAGAUGUGCAAUCCAAUCAGAUGCAUGAAGUUUUGAAGUUACUGAACCAGUUGAUCCCUCCUGUGGCAAGAGAUGUUGAAGAUGUUCAACUAGCACUAGCCAAGGAAAAGAUUUUAGUGGAUGAACCUAGUUUUCUGCAUCAGUUCUCAAUGGAUAUUCUUCCUUUGUCUAUUCAGGUCGUCAACCCUGGUGCAAAUGUAUAUAUUUCUUAUGGCUGUGUUUCAAUCAUAAACAAAAUUGUUUAUUUCAGUACUCCAGAAAUGCUUAUGGACUUGCUCAAGGUUACAAACAUUUCAAGCUUUUUAGCUGGUUUGCUGGCCCGGAAAGAUCGCCAUGUAUUGAUUUCAACUCUGAAGACUGUCGAGAUUCUCAUGCAAAAGCUUCCUGGUGUUUUUUUAAGCUCUUUUGUUAAGGAGGGUGUUAUUUAUGCAAUUGACUCACUUUUAAUGCAAAAAAACUGUUCACAAUCUACUCAACGGUUUGGUCACAUGCAACACUCAGAUAAUCAGAUGGCUACAAGAGACAUGCCCAGAUGCUUAUGCUAUGAAUUUGAUUCAUCCAGGGCAUCAUCCUGUGAGAUGAAAACAUGUAGAGUUGGAAAAGAUACUGUUCUCACUUUGGCAAAACAUUUAAAGACUACCUACUUUACUAGUGAAGCAGUGAAUUCUGAGAUGGGUUUGACUGAAGUUCUGCACAAGCUUAAAACUUUUUGUGCUGUUCUAAAUGAUAAUGUGGACAGGGCUGCAGCGAAUGAUGAUUGUGAACUAAAUGAAGAGUAUUUAUCUCAUAUAUUAGAUCAAGUUAUAAGGGAGCUUUAUGGAAAAGAAACUAUCUCCACAUUUGAGUUCAUUGAGAGUGGAAUUGUAAGAUCCUUGGCACAUUAUUUAUCCAAUGGCAAGUACCUCCAAGGAACUUCAUGUGGUUGUGACUUAUCAAAUCACUUUCUUGCUGUACUGAGAAGAUUCCGGACAUUUGCCUGUAUUUCUCUGUCAAAAAUGAAUCAGGGAUGGGAGAAUAUGCUUAUCACUUUAUUAGUACGGAAAUUGCAGAACGCAUUGUCUUCGCUUGAUAGUUUUCCUGUUAUAUUGAGCCAUGUUCCCAAGCCUAGAAAUACUUAUGCUGAUAUCCCAUUCAGGCGCUGCACUAUGCUCCCUUGCUUAAAAGUACGCUUUGUGAGGGAAGAAGGUGAAACAACCUUGCAUGACCAUGACAAUGUGUUAAAUGUUGAGCUCUCUUCAUCAUUGGAAGAUAUUGAAGGAUAUCUAUGGCCCAAAGUUAGCACAAAGAAUAAGGAAGAUGAGGCAGAAUCUGCAAGAAAGGGAAUGAUCAGCACAAGUGAUAUUGCAGCAGGAAGUAUGCAUGCUGAAGAGAAGAAUCCUCAAGAUCUAGUUGCAAAGAUCUGGCAGGAACCAUCUUUUUCUAGCUCACCAGAGGGCCUUGCAUGCCAAGAAGGACAAUCUUUAUCAGUGGAUCUUAGCCCUAGACAGAGAGAUCUAAUAGCUGUGAUUACCUCCAAUCUUUCAUCUCUUGGCGAGAGACGAGUUGAAGGCCAAAAAAGUUCUGCAUCUCCAAGCAAUGGGUGUACAGAGCGAAAGUUGAACUUUUGUUUAGAAGGGAAGCAACUUGAUCAGUCUAUUACUCUUUAUCAAGCAAUUCUAGAGGAGCUUUUAAGUGCGGAACCUGAUGCAAUUGUUGGCCCGAAAUUCUGGAAUAAAGUUUACAAAGUAACAUAUAAAAGAGCGGAACCAAAAUCCAGUGAUGCUCAAAUGCCUUAUGAUGCAUCUCUUUGCAAUAAAAUUGUUUUCUCAUGGCAGAAACUAUCAUUUUUCUCUAGUAUGUUACUUGCCGAGCUUCCUUGUACACUUGAUAAGUCCAAUCCGAUAUAUGAUAUAUUGUUCAUGCUGAAAAUUUUGGAAGGCUUGAACAGGAUAUCAUUUCAUCUGUUGUCUGAUGAAAGGAACCACGCAUUUGCUGAAGGUAGAAUAGAAAAUUUUGAUGAUCUGAAAGUGAUGGUGUCUCCCGUUCCACAGGUUGAGUUCAUAAGCAGUAAGCUGACUGAUAAAUUGGAGCAGCAGAUGCGAGAUUCACUGGCAUUAAGCUCUGGCAGCAUGCCUCUGUGGUGUAAUCAGUUAAUGGCUGCUUGCCCUUUCUUAUUUUCUUUUGAUGCAAGGCGGAAGUAUUUCCGUUUGACUGCAUUUGGUUCUUCAAGAUCUCAGCUUAAUCCAAAUCAACGUCUGAAUAGUAGUGACACCAACUCUUUUAUUGAAAGAUGGUUACAAUCAGGUUCAUUUUCCCGUAAGAAAUUCAAAGUUGAUCGCAACAAUAUUCUGGGUUCUGCUGCGAAAAUGAUGGAGUUAUAUGCUCAUAGUAAGGGUGUUCUUGAAGUCGAAUACAAUGAGGAAGUUGGUACUGGCUUAGGCCCAACAAUGGAGUUCUACACAUUGGUAAGUCAAGAGUUUCAAAAAGUUGGGAUGGGGAUGUGGAGAGAGGAUCUGGGUCUUCAUGGUGGAUCAAGUAAAGUAGUUGGUGAAUUUGAAUUACUGGUAGCUCCUUUUGGAUUGUUUCCUCGACCUUGGUCAGCAGAAAAUGGUGUCUCAAAUGGGAUCCAAUUUCCAGAAGUAAUUAAAAAGUUCUUCCUUCUUGGGCAGCUUGUAGCAAGGGCAAUUAAAGAUGGGAGGAUCCUGGAUUUACCAUUUUCUCAAGCAUUUUAUAAAGUUAUCCUUGAGCAGGAGCUUGGCAUAUAUGAUAUUCAAUCAUUUGAUCCCAAACUUGGGAGGACUCUCCUGGAGUUUCAAGCUCUCGUCAAUAGGAAAAAGGUUUUAGAGUCCAUUUCCAGGGAAAAUUAUGGGUGUGCAUCUGAUAUGUAUUACCGCAAUACCAGAAUAGAGGAUCUUUGUCUUGAUUUCACUCUUCCAGGCUACUCCAAUUAUGAGCUUACUCUGGAAAGUAACUCGAAAAUGGUAAAUAUUGCUAACUUGGAAGAGUAUAUUGCACUAGUUGUCGAUGCAACUACUAAAUGUGGAAUUUCUCGACAAGUGGAAGCUUUUAAAUCUGGAUUUAAUGAGGUGUUUCGGCUGAAAACUCUUCAAAUCUUUACUGAAGAUGAGCUUGAGCUAUUAAUUUGUGGAGAACGGGAUACUUGGGAUUUUAUUGAGCUUGUGGAUCACAUCAAGUUUGAUCAUGGCUACACAGCUAGCAGUCCUCCUGUUGUUAAUUUAUUAGAAAUCAUACAAGAAUUUGAGUGCUAUCGGCGCAGAGCUUUCUUGCAAUUUGUGACAGGAGCUCCUCGACUGCCUCCAGGAGGCUUAGCUGCACUCAACCCAAAAUUGACAGUUGUUCGUAAGCAUUGUAGCAAUGAUGCGGAUAUGGACUUGCCAAGUGUGAUGACCUGCGCUAAUUAUCUAAAGCUCCCUCCAUACUCUUCCAAGGAGAGAAUGAGGCAGAGGCUGUUAUAUGCAAUAACAGAAGGACAGGGGUCCUUCCAUCUCUCUUAAAAGACUGUAGGAUUGACUCCUUGCUAUCAUUCAUACAAACAUGUUUAGUUAUCAAGUUCAAGAGGAUGGUGGUGUAAAUAGCGGGGAUUGAGUUCAAUAAUGGUACAUGGUGGAGCUGAUUGUGGAGAAACAAAAGGAAGCCCAUCUUUACCAGUGCACAGAGUGGUAGUCGGUAGGGAGCUGAUUGAUUUAUCAUGUAUAGAAAGAUAUUCGAUGCAGUUGGCAGAAACUCUUAUCUACUUUCGUUGUGCUUUCAUUUGCUCUUUAAUCUUCUUUCUUGACUAUGCUUGUGUGCGAGCGUGUUUCAUAAAUUAUGAAAAAUCCUUAUUAUUGUGUAGGCACUCA